CUCCAACAAGCUAAACCAUGAAGCUGUGCCUGUCUGUUCUGCUGAUCACGAUGGCACUUUGCUACUCUUUGGACGAAGCAAGAACCGUAUGUCCAUCACUUGAGCAAUAUUUUAAUGACUUCUUCCUGGGAGAAAUUGAGGUCUUUAAAGUGCAGGUGGAUAGCUUUCAUGUUUCUAACCCAGUUGUGGAAGCCGCCUUGAAAUUGAAAGAAUGUCUGGAUACAUCUUCACCUUUGGAGAAGAGAUUGCUGAUGGUGAAAGCUUUGAACAAAUUAUAUGAAAAAUGCAAGUCAGAGAAAACAGAAGAUGCCAUUUCAGCUUAA